CCACCCGGUUGGUAUCAAGUGGAAGUUAUAAAAGCAGUGGACCCGUAAACAACAAUCAUAUUUCAGAUGCGCAACUUCGAAUUUGAUGUAAUGCAGAAGUGAAAUGGCAGACAGUGACUCUGAUUCGGAGUGGAAGAAAUUGCCCUGUAGCAAAUGGACAGAAUCGCAUGUAAGCACCUGGUUGAAAUCCAUUGGAAUAAAAGAAAAAUACAUUCAAAAACUAUGUGAAGAAGAAGUUACAGGACCUAUCUUGUUAAACCUGAAAAGAAAAUACCUCUCUCAGACCAUUUCAAUGAGAAGUGCCCAAAUUGAGCAUCUACUGCUAAAAAGGGAUGAGCUAUUAAUGCCAGAACCAACUAAAGUAAAGAAAGAAAACAGUCCCCAAGGAGGACAUAAUGCACAAAGAAAUGGUGAAGAAAAUUCUGAAUUAAGUGCUGUGGGGGUGUCCACUCAGGAAGCUCAAAACAAAAACGAAAAAAAGGCACUGCAAUCCCAUAACCCCAAUAAUGAAUCACACAUAGGAGCAUUGCCUUGUCAUGAGUAUAGAACAUUUUGUGAAGAUGACAAAAACUUCAGAUACGUCAAACACAAAGUACUUCCACCUGAGACUGGUAAUGACAACAUGAUAGUUCCAUGUCACGAGUACAAGUCUCUAGAGAGUGCCCACAAACUAGAAUCAAGAAAGCUGAAAAUUAAAGUUGCACGGGAGGUACUUCGAUUUGCAUGUGGAUGCAUGAAUAUGCGAGCUAACGGCACAAUUCACUUCGGUAUCAUGGACAAAGUUACAGGCAUCCAUAAACAUGGUGAAAUCAUAGGGAUACCUGUUAGAGAUAAAGAAGACUUCAUAGAUGCAUUAGACUACAUUGAAAACUGCUUCAAAACAACAAAACAAAAGGUUGAUGCAAGAAAAUGCAUAAGAAAUCCAAAGUUCAUUGAGGUGAUUGACACAGAUGACAGUGAGGAAAGAUUUGUCAUUGAAUAUGACAUUGUUCCACAAGCAAGUGUUGUGAAAAAUGAACUGUACAGGGUUUGUAUUCCGUUUCUAGACAAGGACAUGAAACUCAAACAUGAAGACAAAGCCUUCUAUCAGAGGAUUGGAGCUAAUACACUUUGUAUACCUGAUGAUGACCUUGUAGACUUUGUUCACGGAUUGAAGGAGAAAGAUCAACUGAGAGAAGUGGAUGAAUUAUCAGUCGAUCAAACAAUCUUUGUCAGUAAUGAAGAUCUAAAAAGAAAUCUCUCUAUACUAUUGACAGGUGGAACUCAAUGCAUGGAUAAUUCACUGUUUUACAUAAUUGUAACAAACAAAUUUCAACCUGAACAUCUCAAGAGCAUUGACUUCUUAGUUCACAUGAACAUAUUCUCAGUGUUUGACUUUGACCCAGACUCCAAGACAUCUGGUCUUUGUGCAAUGUAUAAAGAGAAACAUGCUGCAAACCUUCACUUUCUGCAUGACUACAUAAAAGAUUUGAGUACAGCUGACUUAAUGAAGCAAUUGCAACUCUGUGACAGGACAAGCUGGAUUUUCUGCAAUGGACGGAGUGAUUUUGAUGGUGGUGAGGAGACCCUUGAUGAAAAAACGUGGAUCAAAACUAAGAAAAAACAAUUGAAAAAGGCAGUGUCUGUUAUCUGCAAUGAAAUCCUGCCAAAAGGCUCAUUUGUUGUGAUUUUUUUACUCAUGGCUGAGGUGGAGCAGCCACUUGUUGAGACAUUCCAUGAAUUCUACUCAGAAAUGAGUGGUCAUGGAUAUUUGACAGUCAUAUCUGAAUCUAGGGAAAACUACCUAAAGUGGUCAAACUUAGCUAAGACAUCUUGUAGCAUAACUACACUCAAUGAAAUAAGCAUUGUUGACAUGUCUUGGAGUCAUGUAAACACCUCUGUUCAAAGUUUUCAGCUUUCAGUGAAUAGGCCAACAAGAUGCUUGCCAGUCAUCAAAGGAGGGUUGUGCGACCUUAAAUCUGUCGAUGAGGACAUGCUCCAUUCUUUGGAAAUUGUCAGUGUUGACCAAUGUGAUGACACAAAUUCAGAGAUGAUGGAUGAAGGAAAAAUUAAAGAAAUUGAACAACACUUUUAUCAAGGUGGGAAGAUAGACUGGAUGAAUCUGUGGCUUGCCGACAAAAAACUCUGUGGGGAGUCCAUUCAGCGAGAUGCAUUUAGACAAACAAAUGACAUUCUUGAGGGUAUUGUACAGAGUAGCAACGUCAAACGAUCCAUAGAGAGUGUAAAGAUAUGUCACCAUCCUGGCAGUGGAGGGAGUACAGUAGCUCGACAGAUCCUCUGGAGUUGGAGAAAAAAAAUGCGUUGUGCAGUUGUCAAACAAUCAAAUGAAAUAACAACUGUUUGUGAGCAUGCUUUGAGCCUCAGAGAAUACGAAGAAAGAGACAAAAACCGUGCUCUCCCAGUGCUCUUGCUGUUGGAGGAUUGCAAUGAUGAUUACCUGGAUGAUGUAAGGCGGGAGUUAGGCAAUGCCAUAGCAACCAAGAAGAUAAGUUCCUCUCUGCUAUGUUUUGUCCUGCUAACUUGCAAAAGAUGUCAUGAUCCAGAAAGGAUGUGCAGAGCUUUACCCUCCCAGACUGUUGCUGUUACACACAGGCUGACAAAGGAUGAGAAGACUCUUUUCUCAAAAAAACUAGAGCUAUUAAAGCUACAGUUUGAACCAGACUUUAUUCUCACCUUUGUGCUGAUGAGUGAUGGGUUUCAAAGAAGUUACAUUGAGGACUUUGUGAAGAAUCUACUACACAAAAUUGAUCAUUCAUCUCUCAUUACUCGACUUAUCAGAUUUGUCGCACUGUUAAACUCCUACAUUCAUGACUCGUACAUGUCUGUGUCACACUGUGAGGCUUCACUUGGCAUAGGUAUGCUUGUAGAACAAAUCAGGUUCAACAGAUUUGUUGAUUCACUCAGUGAAGAAGCCCGACUUAUUUUUAUUCACCUUAGAGAGAGUAAACAGAUCUCAUCAAUUCGGAUAAUCCAUCCACUUGUGGCCAAAGAAAUUCUGAGGCAGCUCUCUACCAAUCUACCCCAGAGUACAAUAGCAAUGGAGUUACUUCAGGACAAAGUGCUAAUUGAGCACAUGUUUGCCAAAGCGCCGUUUUUAAAGUUCAUUCAAACUCUCUUCAUCGGACGCAACCAAAUAAUUAAAGGUGAUACUGAGUAUCUUAGUAUAUUCUCCCCACUGAUUGAAAAAGUCAUCACUGAAAGAGAAGGAGUUCAAAAAGCUGUUGAUCUUUUAAAAGCCGCCUAUGCUGCUUUGGGUAAAGAUGCAUUUGUAGCCCAACAGCUAGCUCGUUUGCUCUACAGUUAUACAAGAUUUAAAGAAGCCCUGCAUUGGGCUGAGGAAGCAAAAUCCCAACUUCCAUAUGAUACAUUUGUCCUUGACACACUGGGACAGGUGUACAAAAGGUGGUUUUACCACUUGCAUGACACUCUUGAAGAGCAAGAAUUGGAACCUCAAAAGGUCUCUGAAGUCAUUAAUAUAGCUCUGAAAGGAAUAACUGCUUUCCGUGCCUCUGAGAAGGCACCCAAAAAAGAGACAGUCAGUCUAAACAACUCAUACUAUGGGGAAGUAGAUGUUGGAUGUAGGCUGCUAAAACUCCUUUCAAUGGUGAAUGUUUUUGCAACAAAGGAUGAAAAUUCUGAACUUCUGAAUUACUUACUAACAGACUACAUUCCAGAGGCUGUUCAAAAACCCUGGCAGAAGUUCCAUGGCUUGUUAAAAGGGUUGCAGAAGAGUAUGUAUCAUGCACUUGAGUGCAUUUCUGAAGAUCUCAGUUACUUUCAAAAAUACAUUAAUGAGGAGGAUGAGGAACUUGAUACAAGAGAACCUGAACAAGUACACAAUCCUAGAAAAUGGCUUACAAGGAAGUGUGCCGUUUAUGCCAACUUUUUCUGCCAUGUUUCAGAUGCAGGCACCCAUUCUGAAAGAAUCACAUCUUUCCAAAGACAAAUGAGAGCUUAUAAGCUUGGUGGAGGCAACAUAGCAUCAAUCUUCUAUUUGCUCAAUGAUCGUAUGACAGACAGAACUGGUAAAAAGCUUGAGGAAAUAUUUAGCAUGUACCCAGAAAACCCAAACAGAAAUGACCUUGAUGAGACAGAGCUUGUCAACUUCCUUUUAUGCCAGGUAGCUCUUGCCUGCACUUGGCCUGGUUCAUCAAAGCUACUCACUCUUGAGAAACUUCAGAAGCUUUGUUUGAGAUUCAGUUUAGAGGGGAAAUAUACAUCAUCAGUAAGUGCUCUUUUUCUUGUCUCCAUUCUGUUCUGGCCUGCAACAAACAAUGAGGAACACAAUUCAGCUAAUAGUCAGGCCCUUAUGUCAGCAAUUGAUGCACUUCAGAAACCAUUUGAGCAUAAAGUUAUGAAUGUUCCUUCUAGAAAUACUAGAAGAACAGUGGUCCACUUCUUUUUGGGAAAAGCUGUGGGACUUUACAAGAUUGUGCACAGAAGUGCAAUUGAAAAGCAAAUAAAAGGGACCAUCAGUGAAAGAAGGCUAAAAUGGCUUGGAGGGGAAGUAUGGACAAAUCCGGAAGUUGUGCAACUGCUAAAGCGAGUGGAAGGAUGGACAGAGGGUGGCCACCUGUUUGUUCGAGCCAAUACCAAGGGGAGCAAGAUCAGGGUGUUUCCACGAAAUUCAGCUUCCCUACCAAAUUCAAAUGAAAACGUAACUUUCUAUCUUGGCUUUUCUUUUGAUGGAGCAGUUGCUUUUGACAUCCAAGUGAAGAAGUAAGGUUCACAAUAACAAUGUGUCAGUGAUACAUUCAUCAACUGCUCAUUAAAGAGUACCUACACUAUAAAGCCAAUAUGUAAUAUAGUUUUAGUAAUUAAUGAGGCCGGCAAGUAUGGAAAAAUGUUGGAGCAAAUUUAGCUCAUAAUCGAUGGGAGGAAGCACACAAUCUAAAUGAGGAUUUGGACAAUAUAGUAUAAAAUGAUGAGUCAAUUUGGGUGAACUCCUGUAUCAUACAGUAAACAUACAGUUAUCAUCAAAGGAUGAUGGUCUUUGUAAUAUACUGAUCAUAAGAGGAAGGACGCUCACAAAGCUGCAUUUGACUUGCAUUACCAUUCUGCUCAUAGACAUUGUGAGUUUGUAAAGAGUUUUGACAAAUGGAAAAAGUAGGCAGAGACCAGCACUGCAAACCUGCCCUCUCCAUUGUGAGCAGAUGAUAGGAGAGGAUGUGGCAUGUGGUGGCACGAACAUAAUCAAGGAAUUGAAAAAAAAACUAUUAUUCAGACAUUCAAGACUAGAAGAAUACACUUACAAGACUGUAUAUAUAUAUUUGUGUUGAGUUUAUUAUGUAUGUAAAUUAAACAUAUUUAGAGAGGCCAGCAACAUAACAGGAUGCUGUUAUUGACACGUCUGUCUCUUCAUACUGUUUAAAAAUAGUCUUCAUCAUAAAUAAGUGUGUUUUUGUGUGAAAAGGAUUAAGGAACAAUACAAAUUUUAAGCAAAGGAUUAGUAAAUGUGCAAGCUCAAAAUAAGACAAUUGUGUCAGAUACAAGUUCAUACUUGUGUUAAAAUGUGUAUAGAGUGUACAGAACCAUUAUAGUACAUUUUAUUUCUUAAGUUAGAGUAAUCAUUGUAAAACUGUACUGUCAUUGUGUUCAUGUUUUCCAAACAUAAACAGACAUUUUCCAGACAGCUCAAAAAUGUUUUUAUCUUUUAACCAAAGCUUUUAACAAAGGUUAUCUUAUUUAUUUUGUGUUUUAUUACUUUUAUUUUUGUUUUGUUUUUUCAUUCCCGCAAAGACUGCGGCUUGUGUGUUUUGGAUUCCCGCAAAGACUGCGGCCUGUGUUCAAAAGGGUUUUAUUACUUGUAUUACUUAUAAUGUUUUAAUUGAUUUUAUGUAAAGCACAAUGAGCUGCAAUUCUUGAAUAAAAUGUGCUAAGUCUUAUUAUUAUUAUUAUGUUGACAAACCCAAGAUGUUUCAUUUUGAAAGACAAUGGUCAGGCUAAUGUUGUGAAUACAGUCUGGAUGAAAUAAAACAAUAUUUACAUUGUUAUUUUAAUCAUUUAUGAUUUACCUCCCUUUAUAUGUACAAUAUACUUCAAUUGUGUGUAUUGUUAUUGUGCACUUACAUUAACAUGUUUUACCCUCAAAUAAAAUACAAUUUAAGUGAA